AUGGACGCCGAUUUGUAUGACGAGUUCGGCAACUACAUCGGGCCCGAGCUCGACAGCGACGACGAUGACGAGGCCGAGGAGCGCUCUGACGAGGAUCGUGAUCGCGAGGAUAAUGAGCCGGAAGAGAUGGAGGAGGAUGAACCAGAGGGAGGAGUGCCGCAGAAUCAGAUCGUGCUCCACGAGGAUAAGAAGUACUACAAGACGGCUCUCGAAAUUUACGGUGAAGAGGUCGAAACCCUCGUCCAAGAGGAAGAUGCCCAGCCGCUCACCGAGCCCAUCGUCAAGCCCACACAGCAGCGCAAAUUCCAAGCCACCGAGCACAAUCUGCCGCAGACCACCUACAACAAGGAGUACCUGGCCGAUCUGAUGGACUGCCCGCACGUCAUCCGGAACGUCGCCAUCGCCGGUCAUCUUCACCACGGCAAGACGACGUUCAUGGACUGUCUGAUGGAGCAGACGCAUCCGGAUUUCUGCCGAGCGGAAGACCAGGACACGCGCUACACGGACACGCUUUUCAUCGAACAGCAGCGCGGCUGCUCAAUCAAAUCCAUGCCCAUUUCCAUCGUCAUGCAGGACUCGCGCAACAAGAGCUAUCUUCUCAACGUUAUCGAUGUCCCGGGUCACGUCAAUUUCUCCGACGAGAUGACAGCCGCCUUUCGAAUCGCCGACGGCUGUGUGCUGGUCGUCGACGCGCACGAGGGUGUCAUGAUGAACACUGAACGGGCUAUCAAGCACGCGCUCGCCGAGAAGCUGCCCGUGGUGCUCUGCAUCAACAAGAUCGAUCGUCUCGUCCUCGAAUUGAAGCUGCCCCCGGCGGACGCGUACUACAAACUACGCCUGAUCGUCGACCAAGUUAACGGGCUCAUCAGAACGUUCUCCGACGAGGUCGAGCCCCCGCUCAUCUCCCCGCUGAACGGCAACGUCAUUUUCUCCUCGGGCCGCUACAACAUCUGCUUCUCGCUGCUCUCCUUUGCCAACGUCUACGCCCAGUCAUCUCCAAAGCUCAAUGCGAACGAGUUUGCACGCCGGCUCUGGGGCGACGUCUACUUCCACCCGGAAAAGCGCUCCUUCACGAAGCAAGCCAUUGACUCAAAGUCGGUGCGCACCUUCGUCCAUUUCAUCCUCGAUCCGCUCUACAAAAUUUUCAGCCAGGUGGUGGGUGAUGUGGACACGUGCCUGCCCAGUAUGAUGUCCGAACUGGGAAUCAAGCUGUCGGCCGCCGAGCAGAGGAUGAACGUCCGCCCGCUCGUCGCCCUGAUCUGCAAGCGUUUCUUUGGCGAUUUUAAAGCUUUUACCGACAUUGUUUCCCAGCACAUCCAAUCGCCAAGCGACAAUGCGCAGAAGAAGGUCGAGCACUGCUGGACCGGGCCCAUGGACUGCCAGCUGGCCACCGAAAUGUUCAAGUGUGAUGCGAGUGGCCCUCUGAUGGUGCAUACCGUCAAGAACUAUCCUACAAAUGACGCCACAUCUUUCCGCGUGCUUGGCCGUGUGUUGUCCGGAACGAUCAACUCGGGACAUGAUUUGCGAGUGCUCGGCGAGAACUACAGCAUUCAAGACGAAGAGGACUGCCGGCUGAUGACCGUCGGACGGCUUUGGGUGCCGGAAGCAAGAUACGACAUCGAGGUCUCGCGCGUCCCCGCCGGCUGCUGGGUGCUGAUCGAGGGCAUCGACCAGCCAAUCGUCAAGACGGCCACCCUCGUCGAGACGGAAUGGCAUGAGGAUUUGUACAUCUUCCGCCCGCUCAAGUUCAACACCAAGUCCGUGGUGAAGCUGGCCGUCGAGCCGAUCAACCCCAGCGAGUUGCCGAAAAUGUUGGAUGGCUUGAGAAAGGUCAACAAAUCGUAUCCACUGCUCACCACGAGGGUCGAAGAAUCCGGCGAACACGUUCUGCUUGGCACCGGCGAGUUGUACAUGGACUGCGUGAUGCACGAUAUGAGAAAGGUCUUCUCCGAGAUCGACAUCAAGGUGGCCGAUCCGGUGGUCAGCUUUUGCGAGACUGUCGUCGACACUUCCACGCUCAAAUGCUUUGCCGAGACGCCAAAUAAGAAGAAUAAGCUGACGAUGAUCGCCGAACCACUCGAAAAGGGCCUGGCCGAGGACAUUGAGAACGAGGUCGUGCAGAUUGGAUGGAAUCGGCGGAAGCUCGGCGAAUUCUUCCAGACGAAAUACGAAUGGGACUUGCUGGCGGCUAGGAGUAUCUGGGCAUUUGGACCCGACACGACCGGCCCCAACAUUUUCAUCGACGACACGCUCCCGUCCGAGGUUGACAAGCAACUUUUGGGGAGCGUUCGCGAAAGUCUCGUUCAAGGAUUCCAGUGGGCAGCUCGUGAGGGCCCUCUAUGUGAAGAACCUAUUCGGAACGUCAAGUUCAAGCUGCUCGACGCCACCAUUGCCCCGGAGCCACUACACCGAGGUGGCGGCCAAGUGAUCCCAACGGCCAGGAGAUGUGCCUAUUCGGCGUUUUUGAUGGCGACACCGCGUCUGAUGGAGCCCUACUACACGGUAGAAGUCAUCGCACCGGCUGACUGUGUGAGCAGUGUCUACACGGUGCUUGCAAAACGUAGAGGCCACGUGUUCAAGGAUUCGCCAAUCUCCGGCUCUCCCAUGUACACGAUGAAGGCAUACAUCCCGGUGAUGGAUUCGUUCGGCUUCGAGACCGACCUCCGGACGCACACGCAGGGCCAGGCGUUCUGCCUCUCCGUCUUCUCGCAUUGGCAGAUGGUGCCCGGCGACCCCUUGGACAAGAGCAUCGUCAUCCGGCCGCUCGAGCUGCAGCCGGCCGCUCACCUCGCCCGCGAGUUCAUGAUCAAGACGCGACGACGCAAGGGCCUCUCCGAGGACGUCUCCGUCAACAAGUUCUUCGACGACCCCAUGCUGCUCGAGCUGGCCAAGCAGCAGGACUUCUACUCCGCCUUC